ACCACUUCAUCCCCUUCGGGCACUACGAGAUAUACCGGGCCUGGGUAUAUGUACAAUACCAGUAAAAUUGUGAAAACGGCUGUAGGGGCAGGUAUAAUAGUUUUGGUUUUGACUGCUUUGGUUUUGUUUUUCAAGAUAUCUUCAUGGAUUAGAUAUCGUCAACGUUCUCGUAGACAACAUACCCUAUCUUCUAUGCUUCAAUCAGAACAACUCGCAAACGCAUACGAAAUCGCCGCUUGGUCGGAUGAACCAGGAAUCAUCGGAUCAGUACCUUCAUCAGGUAAAAGUUUCUUGCCUUCCCAUGGAGAUAGAGAAAAGGAAAGAGGUAAAUGGGUUGGGAAGAAACAUAAAAGAGGUAGGGAGAAAAGAGGUGGUGCGAAUGCUUAUGCUGUACAUGAAUGGGAAGGUGUUGCUGCGUGA